AGGAGCCUUGUAUCUUUGCUACGGGAGUUAUUAGCCAGUGCAGUCUUUUUAUCAGCAGCUGACAAACUUUCCGACCCUGUAAGUUGAAAAAAGAGAAAAGAGGGCGGAAUUUAGUGGCUUUAACCCUUCAAGUUCCCAGGGUGUUCAACAUAUAUAAUCAAGGGAAAGGCUGCUGUGACAAUAAGUUAUGUUAUCACCUAAAGGCUGGUUUUCACCAGCGAUGGAGUCGAAGUCGUGAUUAGAAGCGUAGAACUUUACGAUCUAGUGAAAACAGCGUUGUGAUCCUUCUGAUUCCGCUUACUACUCCGUCGUUUACGAUCAAGUAAAAACUGGGUCGUUGGAGUCGCGAGCAGAAGCGGAAGAACUAAACCAAUCACAAAGCGCGGGAACGAGCAUUAUGAUUGGUUUAUCUUUCCGCUUUUGCUUCCGAGUCCGACAAUCUGGUUUUCACUAGAUCGUAAGCGACGGAGUCAUAAAUGGAGUCUGAAGAAAAUGGAAGCGUUCUGAUUCUUCCGACUCCGAUUCCGUCGCGCUUAUGACUCUGCUUACGACUGCAAUUUUUGAUUUUCACUGAAUCAUAAGCGUGAAAACCAGCGUUUACGUAGCAUGCAUCAUGGUAUAGAAGUAUACUGAUGUAUUACAUCAUCGAAGCCGAAAACCUCUGUUUUAAGUCCGUCCACACGUAAAUGAGAAGCUGACGUUUUCAAAAAUCUCCACUCUGGAGAAAAAAAGAUGCCUUUUUCGGUGACCGUUUUCACGGGAUACGUGUGGACGCCAUGUAGGCCAAACCGAGGAAAAAUAUUCGUUUUCAAACAAAAACGGAUACAUGUGGAGGGGGGCCUAAAACUCCAUUGUAAACACCAAUAAAAUACCAGGUGAUCUUUUGCCAGAAAACAUGAUAUCUUUACACGUGAAAAUAACAUGUUCUCUAAUUUUAAUGUGACAAGAUCAGCGUUCCUAUGGCUACACAAUAAAACGAUGCAUGACUUUAAAGAUGUUUAUUUCUUCGUUUUAAUAAUUUAAUCUGACUUCUCAUUUCUUGAAAGGAUUUUGUUAACAACUUUCUGCUGAUAUUGUUGGACAAAGAACCAGUAAGUGGGCCGUUUUAGCGUUUCUUCGGUGCAUGUUAUUUUAAGUUAACAUAAUGUCGUCAGCUUUUUUUGCUGCAGGAAAUAUUUUAUUCACCCGUUGACGGCUCUAACUCGUUCAAACAUCGCGCGGUAACGGUAAAAAAAAAAACAGUAGCCGCGUCAUGAGCUUAUUAAACCGUGGAGCCAUCUACAUACACUCCCACAGUAUUAUGUCACAGUCGGUCGAACAUGACUUAGACAUAUCAUUGUUUGCUGUUUUUGCCUGGCUCUUUGUUUUCCCGCGUUCAGACUGUUACUAAUAGGAUUACCGAGAAACGGCGAAAAGGUCUAAUGUGCUUAGACUACGAGCAGCCUCUCUUUUUUCUUAGUCCGUCGAGCAAAACGCGCGAGACACGGAAAUGACCACACGCGUGACUGAAGACGUGAGACGGGAGCCCUCGUUUCGCGCGUCUCGCUGCUUUUCCCCUCCCGCGCGCGUGCACUGCUCUCACUAAAUCUGAAGAAAAAGAGAGACUGCUCGCAGUCUAUAAUGUGCUGUACGUUAAAGCGUGUCCUUUAUUUAGAAAUUAGUGAGUAACAUCUGAAUCUAACAUCAGUUCUGACUUUUUUGCCCUGCAGAUGGUGGCUUCUGAUGAGCCGCCGAGUCCUAAAGUUCCCCUACUAGCGAAGUUUGCCAAACCGCGAGUUCCACUUACAAACUCGGUAAGUCAAUCACACCCUUGAUUACUCCUACAAGAGUUAUAUGAGAGUUAAAGCCUGUGCGCUGUAAAGCUGUUACUGACGUCCGACGUAAAGUUUUAUGAAGCUGGCUCAAGCUCUUCAUUUUUCAACAGCCUACGUUACAGUGUGUGCUUACAGCGGUGAUCAUAUUGGCGUGAACACCUAAAAUAUGUCUGGAAUGUUUAUUGUGAUGUAACCAAUCACAGACGAGAUCAUCACACCACAGAAACCACAGGCAACGAACGGUUUCCUAUCUGUCACGGAACAAAUUAUUUUCAUUUUGUUUUAACAUUCAGUCUUUUUACAAGUAAACAAUUGCUUUUCCUUCCUAUUUGUUUACAGUAUUUGCUAUAAUAGCGAAGAAUACAGGUUUGAGCGAUUUUGAAGUAAAUUACAAAGCCGAUGUGCCGGGCCUACGCACGCGACGGUUUGGCGCGCGAGUUUUCAAACUUUUUGUAACGAUCGAAAUCGGUGGUUACGCCUGAUCGUAGGGAGUAGAUAGUAGUUCGAAGGUUCAAUCGUUAGUUCACACAAAUCGAAUCCCCUUGUUCUACAAAAAAAUAUUAGCAAGGAUUGUGCUAUCAGAAACGAAAACAUCACGAUUGUUCAUUUUUUAUUGUCUUCAUGUGAUAUGUCGUUACAUGGAAAGCUGGUCGCCGUCGCGUCGCGUUGGCUUCUAACACUUUUCUUUCUAAAAUCGAACGAUGUACUGGAUGCGGUCCUCGGCACUGAUCUUGGGGAACAGCGGUGUUUUAAAUUCCUAAUAAGGCAGUUUGUAUCCUUAAACAAAACGAAAAUAAUUUGUUCCAUGACCGAUCGGAAACCGUUCGUUGCCUGUGGUUUCUGUGGUGUGAAGAUUUCCCCUGUGAUUGGUUGCAACAUAAACAUUCCAGACAUAUUUUAGGUGUUCACGCCAAUAUAAUCACCGCUGUAANACGGUUUCCUAUCUGUCACGGAACAAAUUAUUUUCAUUUUGUUUUAACAUUCAGUCUUUUUACAAGUAAACAAUUGCUUUUCCUUCCUAUUUGUUUACAGUAUUUGCUAUAAUAGCGAAGAAUACAGGUUUGAGCGAUUUUGAAGUAAAUUACAAAGCCGAUGUGCCGGGCCUACGCACGCGACGGUUUGGCGCGCGAGUUUUCAAACUUUUUGUAACGAUCGAAAUCGGUGGUUACGCCUGAUCGUAGGGAGUAGAUAGUAGUUCGAAGGUUCAAUCGUUAGUUCACACAAAUCGAAUCCCCUUGUUCUACAAAAAAAUAUUAGCAAGGAUUGUGCUAUCAGAAACGAAAACAUCACGAUUGUUCAUUUUUUAUUGUCUUCAUGUGAUAUGUCGUUACAUGGAAAGCUGGUCGCCGUCGCGUCGCGUUGGCUUCUAACACUUUUCUUUCUAAAAUCGAACGAUGUACUGGAUGCGGUCCUCGGCACUGAUCUUGGGGAACAGCGGUGUUUUAAAUUCCUAAUAAGGCAGUUUGUAUCCUUAAACAAAACGAAAAUAAUUUGUUCCAUGACCGAUCGGAAACCGUUCGUUGCCUGUGGUUUCUGUGGUGUGAAGAUUUCCCCUGUGAUUGGUUGCAACAUAAACAUUCCAGACAUAUUUUAGGUGUUCACGCCAAUAUAAUCACCGCUGUAAGUUCAUCUCGUUGUUUUAAUUUGCAGGCUCUUCAUUUGUCAAUAGCAGACAUUCUUCACGCACAAUCCGCCUUGUUUCCUUUCAUGCAGUUUAUGAAAAGUGAAGGAGCAUUGAACAUACUUCAGUUUUGCCUCACCGUUGGUAUGAUAAAAAAAAUGUUCAAUGGAAGAAUCUCAUCCCAGUUGCAAAAAGAAAGCCUGAAAAAUUCAGGCUUGAAUAGAUGAUUCAAACUUUUGACCUGUGCAAUGCCAGUGCAGAGCUCUGCCAGUUGAGCUAACAGGCCAACUGGGAACCUGAAUUUUGAAUGUCAGGCUUUCAUUUCGUAUCUCCAAUAGUUGCGUCUGUAUACUGCGAUGAUCUUCUUUCAUUUAAUACAGAGACACACAUAGACACUGAGAUCAAAGAUUUCAAAAUGACAUAGAGAAUAUACACUUCUUCGUCCAUUCUACUUUGUUCACGAUAACGUCCUUUCAAUAAAGGCAUGGUAGACUUACCCUGAGAUCAGGCUGUCUUUUUGUCUCACUUGGUAAAUAAACAUGAUAAAAUUCCGGUGGAAAGGUCGAAACGAAAACUGGCCUCAGCAGCUUAAUCGUUUAAGACUAGUUAUUUCAGGCCCAAUUUUGGCACGACUACGUAAGACUGAUGAGAGAAGGCAUGAAAGCUGCUAAUGUAAAAUUGGGCCUGAUCUCAGGUUAGGUAGACUUAAGUAAAUUUGUGUUUAUUUGACCAGUGAUUAGCGCUUUUCGCGCUCUUGAAUAUCAUCUGCUACUCACCUCUACUUUGGUGCUAUAUUUAUUAUUCCAGAGGACUUCAAUAAGAGAAUUUUCACUCCAGAAAUAACAAAAGAAGAAGAGGUUUUGCUCAUUAAAGAGGUGAAGUAGACUUUGCAUUUUAUUUUAGAAAUGACGAGAAAGGCUUGUUGUACUGUGCUAUUUCGUUUACCUGAUUUUCUACUAAAUUUAGUCACUACAUCUGCACGCCCAUCCUGUAAUUGUUGACUGAGAUGAUAUAUCUCAAAAAAUCAUAAAAGCUUUAGAUUUAGGGUUCAUAUCUUGUGAUGUUAGUUUUUAUUUUUAGUCACUCCUUAAAAUCAAGCCUUGUGAUCCUUCAGAGGAUUAGAAGACGUUCGCGUUUGUUCACUCUUCUCCGCAUUUUUUCGCGUUUUUGUAAUGUUGUUUUAGGACAGUCGCGCAGAGUUUUGUAAACUUGUGGGGCCAACGUCUCCACUUCAUUUUUUUGGUAUUUUAAUUCCAGUGAGGUACAAAAUAGUUGAGACAUCAUUACAGUACUUCAAUUAAUUUGGGCGACAACUGUAGCUUCACUUUUCUUCAACAGGUCAAAGAAAUCUUCCGUUCCUACUUUGACACCGCCGCAGUUGAUAGAAUAAACUUUGACGCAGAAAUCGUGAAAGAACUAAAAUCAUGUGAGUGAUUUAUAUAGAACAACGCCUUUAAGCCUUCAAGCAAGCUCUCGGCUCGGGGACAGAUACAUCAAGGUGCAGGAGAGUUUGCUUGCAGCCUGAAUUGGAAUGAUUUCUCUGGAUAUAAUUCUCAGUGGGCCCCAAGCCAGGUAUAUCGGAUGUAACUGGCUUGAGAUAUGAAAGAAAAAAACGAUUUAUUGUUGUGAGAGGAGCAGAAAUUAGACCUCUUUAUAUGUCUAUAUUAAUUCGGCCAUUUUUCUUAAUUGUAGAAGGGAAAUGCUCUCCCUUAGGGUUGAUUUCCACUGUGGCGUUUUUUUGCUUGUGUACGCACGUAAAAAUUACGGAACAGUGGAAAUCAACCCUUAGUUACAAUUUGCCGAGAUAUCAUGAGUUUAAUGCAUCGCUACUUAUUUUCUCAGGCUACACUGAUCAGGAAGAUUAGCCGUGGCCUUUGCUUGAUUCUCUUUCCCUUCUCUUUUUUUCCUGUUUUCUACUUUUAGUGGUAAAAUAAGCAGAAUUGAUGUCCCUGUGAUGAUGAAUUUCUGUAAAACCGACAUCGCUAUAAUAACCAUCUUCUAAAAUUCUUUCUGUUAAUUGUAGGUAUUAGCGGCAAUGUUGAUACGAUGGAACGAUUAAAAAUGGCAACGUUGUUAUCCAGGUAUAGGUUUGUUUAAAAACACAAAAAGAAAAAAACUGCGACUAAGUAACCCGCGUAUCGUUGAUCUACCACCAUAAAGACGCUAGAGGUCCGGGACGCUAGAGGUCAGUUUUGAUUAAGUUAUGUUUUGAAAAUCUUCUUCAACGUAUACCUGAUCUUGAUUGAAAGGCCCCGCGCCAAAUUCUUACACCAUAUGAGCCUCUAUAAAAAUGGCUUCUUCGCCGAUUUUUUUGAUAGUCCAUUACCGAGUUCCAAAAACUCUCACUUUUAAAACGAGGCUAAGUGCAAAACCUUUCUUGUGAAAAUGAGUUUUAUUUGCAUGAAAAUAAAAACUCAUUUUCAUAUCAAUGUCUUAUCGCACUUAGCCUCGCCUUGAAAUAGACGCUUUAGGCAACUCAGAAAUGGUCUUUUGUUGCGUACGUUGUGCAUUCUUAAGAAUGAGCGUCAGACAGUUAAUUUGCUAUCUUGAGCGAUCUUGAAAAUUGACGGUGGUUUUCUGUUUGCUCAAUAAUGCAUUUGCAUUGUUAAGACCAUUUUAAAUGAAAACUUUCACAUUUUAUCUGUAACUUACCCACUAAUUGAAAUAUGACUUUCUUACUGAUUUUUCAGAGCCUAUGAAUAUGCGUAUAAUCUUCUGGAGACAACGUUUCUUCCUCUAUUUUAUCAAAGCGAUGAUGUAAGUACCAUCAACUGCCUCCUUGUACUUAAAUGCGGCAAAACGCAUACGAUCAAGCCACUCUGAUUAUUUUUACUCUGUUAUUGGAUGAGAGAGUGGCAGGAGAUUUUUAAGCCAGAAGUAAAGAAUCCAAGAGAUCGUUGAUCACUUUCGAAAAUUACUCGAACACUACUUUGAGUCAUCAACAAUUCUUCCUUACUCUACCUGAUAGGGUAAAGUGGGUACUGAAACAUGCGUACACACGUCACAGCACAGUCACGUCACACACGUCUCAGCCCCAGCUAUGCGAGUAAGCGUUAGAGACUCAGGCUUCUCUCGACAAGCUUGACGGUUGACGUCACAUCCGAUCUCGCUGAGGACGGCUGAAGGCUAUUGCGCAUGUACAUUUGGCAACCGUUGGCCAUAACAAGACAAAUUAUGCUCUUUUAAAAUAUUUCUUUUAAUUUGAGGGUAUCUGCAUUACUAUAGUUCCCUUAAAUAUUGGGUUACUUUUUCUCUACAGUAUUUUUCUUUGUUGUGUGGAAGCCGAUUGCCAGCCAAACCUUUAUACAAACCAGCGUCCAGGUAAUGGGCCUCAAAUGCCAUCAUGCUUGUGAGAUGUUAUUGAACGGUAAAAAUUGUAUAAAGGAGCUCGUCAGCUAAUCGGAAGCCGUUUUCUCAAUCUUGAAGCCACCUAGGCGAGUAUUGUAACUGCCCCUCCCUCACUCCCUCCCCUCCGGACGGAUACAUCGUUAGUUGCUAGGAGUAAUUUCCGUCUCUGUUUUUUGGUUAAGUACUUUCUUGUCUGAAACGUUGAGUUGAAAAAAAUGCUAUGCAAGUUUCUUAUACAAGGAAAAUGCGUUUGUUGUAGCCGUCUUUUAUACUCCUAAACUAUUGUAUACUAUACAAAACUACUAUAGCUUCGUGGUCUCAUUGAGGUUAUUACUACUGCCUUUUCGCAGAGUUUCGAAGAAAAAGUUUGAUCCCCUAGCGGAGUUUUCACGACUGGCAGGAAAGCUCAAAGAUAAAAUGAUGAAUCCAACAAAAGGUAAUCACAGCUCGGUGGCCUUGAUUGGUUUAUAACAUAUCGACGGACACGGCGGGUUUCAUACUGAACCAAACAUUGCUUUUACAUUGUUCUUGUAGCGGGGUUGGGUGGUUGCGGUUAGUCCAUUUAUCCCAUCUAACUAUGUGAAGUAUUUAAAUCAACAGAAAAGGCUUGACGAUAUAGCGGAAGUGAUUUUCCUUAUUCUUUUUUCCUGAAUAUUCAGAACGUUCCUUUUAUUGUUUUUGUAAGGUGUAUGUCUUUGAGCUCGUAAUCCUGGUGAAGGUGUAGUUUUGAUCAAGAGGGCGCUAGGUAUUUCCUGAUUUUAGCCUCAAUGUUAAACUCCCAAACCCUUCGUCUGAAUUGAAAAGAGUAGAAAAAUGGGUGGGAAUUAGACUUUGUUUCGUCCCUAAUCCCAUGCUGACAGAUCGCGCCUCAUCGCAAGCUACGGGUGAUUAUUUCUUUGGCUUUAUUUUACAACUCUUACUCUUAACUAGAUUUUUUCAGGAUUCGUGGCAAAUGAAUCUAAAAUUCGGCAUUGUAUGAAUCCAAUACGCCGGCACGGCGGGCAAAGUCGCGUAGUAGAACGCGGAAAGUGACAAAUGGAUCAGUGAAUUGCCAUUGCGUUGCUGUCUUUCAUUAAAUCCUUCGUUCCAACUUUGAGCCACAGCUAACUGUAAAAUGUCUCCUAAAUCUCUAGUUCGCUAUUAUGUCAUGUAUUAAUCCUGAUUUACCCAGGCACUGUAAACAUGCGUCCGUUAAUUUUUUUCUAUAGAUGAUUCACCAUACGAGGAAGACGCAUUUGAUAUCCCAGAUACACCACCGGUAAAUAUAACUCCUCACUACAUUAGUCUCUUCUCAGUAGCUCAGGGUUCAAAGCUAAUUUACACCGACAGAGUAUUCGCUGGUGGUCACCCGGCCAGUCUCUUCACCCAGCCCUAUUCCCCCAGAAAUUCUCACAGUUUUGCGAUGUGUGAUCAGACAAUACAGCAGUCGAUCGCUACGACAGAAGAACGCUGAGGGAAUAGUUUUCUCCCCUAAUAAUGACAACAGUGCUUUAAAUCGAACCCACCAACCAAUCACUAACAAACACGGUGGCUCAAAUAGUCUCACUCAAUUAAAUCGACACUGUCCCCUGAUGAAGACCUGCAGUACGCAGUCGAAACGUCUCGAUAGAUAUAUCUAAGUAACAAUCGUAAGAAAAACGAUUAACGAAACCAUAGAAAGUCAUUAGAGUCAUUGGGCGUGUAGAGACCAAAAGCACCAGCAUCUCGCGUCACUUUUAAUGAUGUCUCUGUUGGAAAUUUAAGCGCGCAACAAAUCACGGAUCAAAACCCAACAAGAAUUCUAGAGUAGUACCUUGAAACGCUACCAUUUUGUUUCCUUGAUGGUACAGAUUACGAUUUUUUGUGUCAGUGCUCCGUCGUCCACACGUCACUUUUUUUCCUCCUUUAGGAUUUUGAUUUGGAAAGCGAAGAAGAGAUGGAAUUGGAGGAAAAAGAAUCACGCGAUCUUAGCAUGUGGAAGAUAACUAUUCCCCACGUGAUUAUGGAAACGAAACAGGUUUGUUGUGGUUAUGCAACUAUUUAUAGUCAGAGAAACUUGAAAUUUACGGCAGUUUUGAAUUGAUUAGGGAGAAUUAUUUCGCGAUUGGUUAGAGCGAAAGGUGAUAUAAAACGGGCAACAAGAAAAAACGUUCAACUUUGCGCGUUUUACCACCCGCGAAAAAAAAUCCUUGCAACGUUAUUUGUUGCAAGACAGGUUCGAACGUGGGUGGUAAAACGCGCAACAUCGCUAUUCAACUCGUUUUGCAACAAUGUUAAAAACCAGUUGCACGUUUUUGUUGCCCUUUUGUGCGUCAACCGGUCUACCUCAGACUCUUUCGAUCUUGACGUUUGAAGUCUUUGGAAAACAUAAGAAAUGUUGAGAAGACCUCCGAUUUCGGCCUCGUGGACUGUUGACUCAGAGCCCAUUCGGGCUCGAGGAAUAAUUGUUUUAGUAAAAUCCAAAUAGUUGGCCACCAAAAAUCAAAAAUCCGGCGCUUUUCGCUACUAGUGGGCUAUAACAUAUAGCCGAGUAGUAGCUAAACCAAUCAGAACGCAGCAUUGAUAAUAGACCACUAGUUGGAUUUUACUAACACUUUUUAUUAUAGCUGUUAAAAAGUUUUUGCGAUUCACCGAAUACUGAUAAGGAUUAAUAAGACUUUAACUUGUAGAGUUCCGCUUGAGUUUUGGCUACAGAAUUUGUUUCAUUUGCUUUACAGAAAGGCAUCUUCAUAAUAUCAGUUGAAAGAAAGGAUAUAACGGAAGGUGAAUAUUUUACUCCACAGUGUAGCAUAAAUACAGUUGUAGUAGCUCAGGCCUGAUGUUGGCACCAUUAUAUUCACAUCAGAGCGACGUAAAACUCUCGAGAAAACUAAGAGGAAAAGAUAUGCUCUGAUCUUAAAUGUUUUCCGAAAACUGGUAUUGUUGGUUGCAUACAGCAAAGCAAUUAGCCUUUACCAAUGGUGUCUCUUGUUGGCGUGUGUUAAAAAGUUUGGAGAUGUGUAGAAACUUGUACGUUAACAACUGUAAACUACUGUUUAUUCGUUAACAAAGUUAUCCACUCUCGGAGAGAGAUAGGAGGGAAUAAGUCGAAGAGGACCCUGGGUUCGAAGUUGAUGCAACCGUUUUUUGUGUGUGGUCGCAACGCUUUUAGGGAGGAGCGUUGCGUGACAACAUUACGGACGGCGGCGUCUGCGACUACUUUUUAAAACUGUUUUCAAAUAAUUCCCCUUACUGUCGUUCACGUUUAGACAGUAACCAUAAUCGGAUAUUCGUUUUCUAACCUGCAUUGUGUGGACAAUUUUUUGGUGUGUAGACUGAAAGACAAAGGUAUGAGUCUUCGUACACAUUUGACAUAGUUAACGUUUACUCUCUUGGAUACUUUGACUGGAAUAUUGUUUGUUAUUCACUCGCUUUAAACUUUUGACCUGAAAACAAUACUAAAACUCUUUUUAAAGGUUUGCUAUACUGACAACAUAUGCAAUCAGUUGCGUCGACCCAGUUGUUCAAAACUUGGAUAGUGCUAUCCACUGACCAAAUCACUAGCCAGUGGUUAAGUUUUUGAGAAAACCAAUUUCAUGUUCCACUGGCGGAAUAGACAUUUAUCCAGUGCAUAGCGCUCGCCGCCGUUUAAACAACUGAGGCCAGAAGUUUUGACUGCACUUAAUUUUCCUCUCGUUGGUAAACCUCUAAAGACUUCCCUUGUCAAUUCAUUUUGCGAUUUCUCGCUCCACGUUCCUAUUUAUUUGCGUUUCUUGGUCCAUUCUUGAUCUGAGGCUGAUGCGCGUAAUUUUCUUUCCAAGGAACGUGGAUGAUACGUUAGGAGCUUGUCCGACUUUCUGUUCCAUAAUUUUAUCCGAAAACACAAAUAGUUUUAAUACUCACAUUCUGUGAAUCAUUUCCGAUUUGAUCUCUAUGUUUAAUUCUCCAGUUUCCCAGGGAGUUCAGUCUUCGUUUGAUCUGCUUUGACAGGUUGCUCACUGCUGUUUUUAAUUUCUUUCUCCAUUUUACUUAAGUUCUUCUCCAUUUCCCCGAACUUGUGAGCCAAGCUAGAGGCUUUCCUCUGUAUUGUGUCUGUUCGUUCCAUCGAUCUUUGGAGUCGUGAUUCACUCUUGAAUAGACUGGCCUCAAUGACUUCCAGCUGAUUUGUCAGGGUUUGAAAUCUGUCUAGUAGUUCCUCGUAUUCCAUCAUGAUGUAGUAGAUUAUAUCCAAAUGUCCAAACCUCGUAUUUGUUUCGCAUGUGUUGGUCUUGUUGGUCUUGCUCGGCAAACGCCGAUUUAUGUGAAUGUGAAUUUCUUUGAAAUCGAAACGUUUGGUCGAUAGAUAAAAGCCGCAACUUCAAUGUUUUGUUCGGGGAAGAAAUGGCACGAAAGUUGAAAGGAGUUCGAAACAGGCAAAAGUGCGACUACCAGGGAAGCGGCGAAUUAAAAUCAAAAUUGUCACCACUAUAUUUGAUUUUUUAUAAUCCUGUAAAUAAAACUGUCAAAUAUAAAGCCGGGCUCUUCAGUAGAUUUUUCAAGUGUUAUUGACAGUUUGAAAAACUUCAAACUUUUUAUCUCGACGCUUCCUGCCUCUUGUUUUUGGUUGAUGCUGAGGGUGAAAAAUCCAGUGGCGGUAGAAACUUUAGACGAAUCCAUCUUUAAACUUUCGUGAAUAAUGCCGGCACAUGAACGCCUUAUUGUGAUUCAGUUCAGGACGGCAAGUUUACUUUCUUCUCCUGUUUCUCUCAGUGGUUUAAGAUGUCCGUUCUUUUAACGUUUUCCCAAAAUCGUUCAUUUUUUAGUUUAACUGACCCGCGGAAAAAAACCGUUUUUAGCAGCGCGAACUUGCUGUGCCUGCGAAAAGUUCGACUCAUAGUUGUUUCAAAAAUUCAAGUAACGUCUAGAAUACGUCAAGUGUGCCUCUUUUAAUUUGCUUAAAGCGAAGAUCCUUUUAGGUACUUAGUCAAUACAGAGGGCCAUAAGCCUAUCUAUCGGCAUAAUUGCCGGAUAUGUUCUUCCAGAGACUAUACUUAGCAAUAAAGCCUUUAUUGAACUAUUAAAAUUAGCCUGCUUAGGCAGCCAGUAUUAGAAGAAUAUUGCACGAUCUUGUGUUCGUAAAAUCGAUUUUUCCCCAAUACGGACCAACGCACUAUCUUAACAACAUCCGUAACGAUUUGUUCAUAUUUUGUUUUUGCAGCCACAAGAUGGGACGUGGCGAGGUAAGCAGGGUUUCUGCCGCUCUGUCUAUUAAAAUGUCACACGAUUUCAGAUCAGACAAAGCCAUAAGCCUGCCAUAGAGAUUUAUCAAACUAGUUCAAGUACUUAUAUCGAGAGUAACAAAAAACAAAUCCAUGUUGAAUAGUUUUGUUUUGCUCUUUUGUGAAAUUAACCGGAAUGUUUGUCGCCAUACUAACGAAUCUCUCAAUAUUUUUCAUAACCAAAUAUCUGUCAACAGUGGGAUCCAUCCUUAUAAAUUAUAUUGAUAUGGAAAUAAGGGGAUCAAGAGUCUUCAAAUAAUUUUAAUUACAUUUUAAAAUUGUAUUGAUACAAUGUAGAUACAAGUGCAACUACUGCGUAUAGCGUCGUUAAUAUGAGUUGUUGCAAUCUUUGACCCUUAGUUUUGGUUAAAUUAAUUGUGUCGGUUUAUAUGUUUUUUUCCUCCGUUAACCGCUGGCCUGUAGCAAUUUCUUUCUUUUUUGUUGUUGUUGCAUUUUGUUAUCGCAGGAGACCUAAAGAGUUCUAUGUCCUCCAGAGCAAAUUAAACGAGUUCCAUGGUAGGUCUUUAAUAUAUUGCUUUUGUUUGUUUAUGCCGCAGCAGCAACACAAACACAGCAGUCUCAACAAUCAACGUCUACUCACUGCUCCCCAGCAAACCAGCAAAUUAUGUAAUCCGUACCCAAAUACAAACUUUAAGCUGUUUUCUGAGUGAAUCAAACUUCAUUUUGUAAAACUGCUUUCGUUGGCUUAAAUUUAAAUCGAAAAAACAAUAAAGUUUAACAUAAGUUCCAUAUAAGCCACGUUCGUAACAGUCCACAGGCAAAAAUAUUCUGGAAAGUCUGUGGUAACCUGCCCCUAAUGUAGAAGGGUUUUUGCCUGGAGGACUUUGGGGGAGCAAACAAACGAAGAACCAAACAGUCCGACCAACAUUUUUAAAAUAGAGUGAAAACCUAUGCCAAAAUUUUAAACGGCAUUUUGACGUGUUCGUUAGAAAAAUAAGGAAAUAAAACGUAGCCAAUUUUAUUAUUUAUAGGUCUUCUUCCAGUGAAAGAAUUAGUUAAUUCUGCGUUUUUAUCCUAAGAUCUAGUGCAAUAAUUUGGUAGUGUCUUUUCAGGAGAGAUCGAUGACUCGCUACUUCCACCGAAGCGUAACACAUCACGAAGUAUUACACAGAAGACCACAGCUGCUUAUUUUGAAGCCUGCCGAGUGCAAUUUGAGAGGUAUUUACAGGUGAGUUUGCAUUCUUCCGUGUGAUGUCCGCGUCGAUCUUAGGCCCGGUUCAGACACCGAUCCACUCAUGUGCCGAACCUAACUGAUGAAUUAAGUACGGCAAAAGAGCGGCGUCUGCAUCAGUUUGAUACGGCAGUUUUAAUUUGGUGCGGCAGAAACCCCAAGCGGCAGAGUCUGUCGUAUUAUUUGACACUGGAGCGGCCGGUGAUUCGGUAGCAGCUGCUCGGAAGAGAGGUCACCAAUAGUGCCUAACCCUGACCCCAAACAAUACUAAAACAAUUGAAAGAAUGACAUGUCAUUGUUUUCUGCGACCAAUCAGGAGAGAACUUACGAGCAGCUCCUACACAACUGGGUGAUUCUCAAGUGCCGAACCUAUGCAUACAGUAAAUUUAUAUUUUUUUCUCACAAUACCGCUCGUUUUUACGUAUAAGCCCAUGGCUUACAACCGGCGGUUUAAGGUAUUUUGUGUUCAUUCUUUCUCUGUUUUUAUUGUCAGUAUCUCUGUUCCAAUCCACUGCUGAGAGGAAGCGCUCUGCUCUUCAACUUUCUCUCACCUGAUAAAGAAUUCAGUAACAUGUUUGUUCCUGAAAAAGUUGGCGACAAAGCCGGUAAGAUCGCUUUAACUUUUUUCGUUUUAGUGUUAAAUAGGUGGGUCAGUCAGAAAAAAAGCAUCUGCCUAUGCUUUUUAUUUUUUCCCGAAGUUGAGACGAAAUGGCAAAAGAGAGUUAUAUCUUAGAGUGCUUUUAAAAAAUCAUUUACUCCCUGACAUACCGUGUUCUAAUUUUUCUGGUCUUAACGUUUCUUUUUUGCUUUCCGCAAAAAGAAAUAUUACCGCAAAUUGGAAAAAACGCUCGAACUUUCCGCCCCCAAAUUUAUUGCACUGUAGUUCUAUACGCAAAUUCGCUAAACAGGACUUAUUAAAAUAGUGUCUUUAAUGUUAUCAGUCCAUUUCAUCGCGGCUCUCUGUAAGCUGCAGACGUGAAUACAAAUGUACCCAGCAAGAAAAAACCUCUCUGUCCUAAUCGCAAAAAUUAGUUUCCCGAAAAACACAAAAAAAUCGAAAAUCCACAAAAAUAAACUCCCGCAAAAAUUUUGUCCCACACGCUAUCCUUUUUUCUAUAUUUAUACUCGCACAUGUUCCUCUUAGAGUUGUGACAUUUCCGUGUAUUUUUUGUUUUUGUUUUAAACCAUUCGAUUCCUCUUGGAUACACAGGCAAAAAAAUUAAAUCCAUGACGACGAUACUCAAGAAAGAGGUGGGUGAAAUAUUGUAUUCCGUUAAUGGCAGUGUUAAUGGAAUUAGAAUAGAAUUACCAUUGAGUUACUGUUUAACCAAAGCUCCCAGGACUCGCGUGUGUUACGUCCCAUGUAGUAAGGGUAUAUCCGAGAAAUUUUGCUUGGAGAAUUCGGAAUCCUGGGCUUGUGGAAUCCGGAAUUCAGCUCUACGAAUAUAGGAUUCUGCUUGAUGAUCGGGAUUUUGAAUUCAAGUUCCACUGAUAAGGAAUCCGUAAUCGAUUAUCUGGAUUCUAGAAUUUAAGUCGGUCUUGGAUAACCUUUAUACUGGUGGGGUGAGAUAUAGUAAAUUCGUUCACUGUACUGUGAUAUAUAUUCAGGACACUGACCAAUUCGUGUUGCAUGGUCAUUGUCUUGUCUCAGUCUUAAAUGUUUAACACCGUCUUUAUUAUACGAAUGCCAGUGCGUGACCGUCUUUCCUAAGCGACACUUAUCCAAAAGACCAGAAUUUCAAUUCAUACUCACAAUACUGAAAUUGAGAACCAUUCGUGAGCUACUAGCUUGCAAAUCUCAGCAUUUUAAUUGGUGGCUUGCCGGGAGGCAAUAGUGUAGUUUGUGUGUCACUUAUCACUAUAUUAGAUUAUGUUCACACCAUAUCGGAUAGCUCCUCGUGCCGACACGUACAGUUAUCCCCCGGUAUAGUGUGAACGUCUAUUCGAUAUGUGACUCUCUACUUUAGAGGUCAGCGCGGCGCAGCUUGGCUCCGUUAUAAGGGAGUUUUAGCAAAGUCGACGGCGACGGCAACGAGAACGUCAAAAAGCAACAGGUUUAUUAAGCAAAACAUCAAGUUUGCACGUGCAUCGCGCUUUUUUGUACAUUUCUUGCGUGCCGUUACUGCACGACUGCGACGUGAAAAUGCCUAAUUUCACGUUUUAUGGAGGACUUAAACGAGCGACGACGAAAUUUUUUUUCUUUUUCUAAACUUGAGUGCAGUCCCCAAGAAACCAACCCCAGGGAAAUUUGCCUACAUUAGAUAUUUUCAGCGAAUUGGAAUAAACGCGACAAAGUCUGAAAAAAAGCUAAUUCAUUUUCAAAGUGACGUUUUCGCUGCCGUCGACGUCAUCGAUGCUAAAACUCCUUAUAGACCAUCGCGCUGAAGUCACGUUUUUGUGUGUGAACAGAAACCCUAUCCUGUAUGGUUUUCGUGCCGGCGCAAAAGCUGUUCGGUAGAGUGUGAACAGAGCCUCAGUGUUCUGAGUUGAAUUUUUAAAAUGAGAAAAGACUGGCCGACCUUUUAAAAAGAGUGUUCAUAUUCUGGAGUCUAUAAGGGGAAUUUAACACUAGAAUUUAACUUAUUUUCCAGAAAGGACAGAAUCUUGAUUCUUUUCUACAAGCGUUUUUGUCUUCCACGGUAGAGCCAACAAAACGAAAACCACUGCCCAAGUAA